GCUGUGCAUUUUGGGAACGACACAGUGACUUCAAGAUGGCGGCGAGCAGAAGGCUGGCCAAGGAACUUGAAGAGAUUCGGAGAUCUGGGAUGAAGAACUUCAGAAACAUUCAAGUUGAGGAAUCAAACCUUUUGUCUUGGCAAGGGCUUAUUGUUCCUGACAACCCACCUUAUGACAAAGGGGCAUUCAGGAUUGAAAUAGUUUUUCCAACUGAGUACCCAUUCAAGCCUCCAAAAAUCACAUUCAAGACAAAGAUCUACCACCCCAACAUCGAUGAGAAGGGCCAGGUGUGCUUGCCUGUGAUCAGCGCUGAGAACUGGAAGCCCGCCACCAAAACGGACCAAGUGAUUCAGUCCCUCAUCGCGCUGGUCAACGAUCCUCAGCCAGAACAUCCUCUGAGGGCAGACUUAGCAGAGGAAUACUCAAAGGACCGUAAAAAAUUCUUGAAGAAUGCUGAAGAAUUCACAAAGAAACACGGAGAAAAGCGGCCCCUGGACUAAUCAGCGACGAGCACAUCGCCCCGUUUCUUUCUCUCUUCUGCUGUUCUCCUGUUCUCCGCUCAUCGGGUUUCUGCUGUCGAUACCUCUAACCACCCGGCUUGUUCACUCUCCACACUGUUCUGCUGCAGCAUUCCACUCUGCAGGCCCGGAGCCGCCCACGUGAGGGAGGGGGUGACGGCCCGGAGCGUCCCGGCCCCUCCCGGGCGGUCCGGAUGAGGCGGGCUCCCUUCUCUCCUCCGUUUCUCUCGAAGAUGUUCUGGUCUUCUCUAACUCUUUAAUUUUAGUCCAAAUGUAAAAAUAAUAGUUAGUGAAACACGAUGCUCACAAUAAGUCAGAUGGAAACAUUCUGAGAAAUGUAUUCCUUUCCUUCCUUUCUAUAAACCUUGUUUAUAGAUCUAUAGAUUAUAGAUCUUAUGUAUAAAUUUUUUGACGAACUGAACUUUUUCAUUUUGUCCCCAGAAAGCAGUGAUUUUUUUAAAAAUAAAAUAAAUGUGACCAGAGGAAAGCUGGAGCUGAACAGCGAGCGUCUAUUUACUGCAUUUCUCUGAGCUGUAAACUUCCACAUGCAUCAUCUAAAUACUCUAUAUCUACACCUUUUUCCAAUACAGAUGAUUUUAAGACAAA